UCAACAGAUUUUGGAUCCUCUAGUCCGCCAAGGGCCAGCUGACACGUAGCAGCGCUCUUCCCGUUGUCCGUCUCCUCCCUGCAGUCGCUCGUCUGGAAGGGCUCGCUACGCGAGUCAACCCCCCGCGAUCGCAUCUACCCCCGAGGUUUUCGGGAUUCCAGUUGGAGUUCGCGACUCCGCGCUCUCAGACGAUCCGACCUCAUCGAUCGCUCGAUCAUGAAGACAUUCGGUUCGCCGGAGAAUCUUGACCGACGUUGCUCGGCAUUUUCGUGAUGUUGACGUGAUCACGUGAAAGGGAGACUCUUGUGAUACCGAUGUGUCGACAGUGAUUCUCGUCCGAUCCAGAAUCGUUUGGAGGAUCCGGAGUACUCCGGAUUCGAAACGAGUCACCGAUGAACGGCCUCGACUUGUCCCGAUCCGCCGUGGAUUGUAAGAUGAACGGAAGCAGCGACGAAGGCGAGUCAACGUCGGGUGCGACAGGCGGGGGUGGCGGCAGCGAAAACGCGGAAAUGGAGGAAAACGGAUCGACUCGCACGAGCAGCAACAGCAGCAGCAGCAACAAUCCCGUUUACAGGGAUCUGAAGCCACUCCAGACUGGCGGCGAAAUCUCGCAGGAUUUUAAUCCGCAGCCGACCGCCUAUCAGCAACGCGGAUACUCGCCGGGGAUGGAGUUACGGCAGCGGCGCCGGCCGCGGAAUUACGAGGAGUAUCAACCGUCGCCAUCUUCUAGGGAAGAAGAGAGGAAACGUCUUGGGAUUACGGCGAGAAGAACACGCGGAAGGAGUAUUCGAGGUCGCAGGAUUACAGCAAUGAAUACCAGGAUACGAUAAAGCAGGAGCCUAAGGAUCACUUGAGCCGCGAAUGGGUGUCACCCGUCCCGGAGGUCGAGGUCGGCGGUUCGGCACCCGGAGGCCCGUACGUUCGCGCACGCAAAGACAUCCCUCGUGGUGCGAGAUUCGGGCCGUUCCUCGGCAAAUGGGCGAGCGAGCCUUUCAACCCCCGUUACGCGUGGGAGGUUCGCAUAGCAGGUAGUGGAGUAAGAGGUUGGUUGGACGCAUCUCACGAGACGAACAAUUGGCUAAAAUAUGUUCGAAGCACUGCUAGUCCACACGCGGUGAACAUGCGUCACGUACUCAUCGGCGGUCAGAUGGUGUACGAAGCUGUUCGCGACAUCGCAACGGGCGAAGAGCUUCUUUUGGGUCUACGGGAGCCGCUUCAGCUGCAGGACAUGCUGGGUGAAAACACGACCGAGGACAGAAGCGAUCGAGAGACUGCCUCACAACACAGCGGAACGAUUGACGAAGACAAAGAAGACGAGGAGGAAGGAGAAACAAGAUGCACUGUCUGCGACAAGCCGUUCCAAGAUAUUGAAUUAUUGGAUAGUCACCUGGUGACUUGUCACAGAUAUCCAGCAGAGCAGCACCGCUGCGACAGCUGUCCCCGUGCCUAUGCUUGGCGACCGCUUCUGGUACGACAUCGCGCUAUUGUUCACGGUGAUCUUCGGAACUAUCCCUGCGAAAAUUGUCCGAAGGUCUUUACCGAUCCGUCGAACUUGCAACGGCACAUCAGAACGCAUCACGUCGGCGCCAGGAGCCACGCUUGCACGGAGUGCGGCAAAACAUUCGCGACCAGUUCCGGCCUGAAACAGCACACCCACAUCCACAGCAGCGUAAAGCCCUUUCAGUGCGAGGUCUGUUUCAAGGCGUACACGCAGUUCUCCAAUUUAUGCCGGCACAAGCGCAUGCACGCCGACUGUCGCAUGCAGAUCAAGUGCGUUAAAUGCGGACAGUCCUUCAGCACGGUGACAUCGUUGUCGAAGCAUAAGCGGUUUUGCGACUCCACGACUCCAACCGGUCCGCCCGGAACCAUGCCUCAAUUACCAACGCCAGCGGCGAGCCCCUUCCUGGUGUAUUCACGGCCGCCCGUGAGCUUGCCAGGCGGUUUGCCUUUCUACCCGCCUAGUCUGAUAAAUCCUUACACGGGAAUUUUUCCGAACCCUCCGAACUUUCUGAACACGCCACUGCUUUUCCCGCCGAAGAUCGAGGAGGCCGAGAAGAGAAGCGACAGCCCGAAGAAAGAACGUUUCACUCCUCCGAGAGUGCUGUCGCAUCACAACAAGGUCUCUCCUUCCACGGCGGAAGAAGCCACCUCUACCUUUCGGCCGUCUCCGGCCAGACCACCGGUCCAGCCGACUCCGGAGAGCGACGACGAUCUUUCGAAGAGAAGAGAGGCGGCCAGGAGCAACGAGCGAAGAAUGGAAACCGAGAGUGCUUCGAACAUCCCGAAGGAGGAAACGACCGAGCAACCGCUGGAUUUAAGGAUACAGACCAAGAAGCGGGAUGUCACUUCGAAAUCCGCGAGCAGGAAAAGCCGCACUCCGUCGCCCGCGCCGGUACCGAUGGAGGAAACACCCGCGCCGCCCGAUCCGCCGAAACCGGAAGAGGACGCCGCUCCGCCGCCGAUGGAGCUCGAGUCCAAGGACAUUCCCAGCCCGCAACUGAGAACCAGCCUGCCGACCGAGCAACCGCCGACCAAUACACCGCCGCACAUGGCUUAUCCCCGACCGAUACAUCCGAUGUUCCUCGAGACGAUGUACCGCAAUCCCGGGGUGAGCGCUUUCCCAGGCUUUCCCGGCGCCCCGCCGCCUCCCAGCGGAGCCACGCCGGAAUCCAGGCUGAUACCUCCGCUCCCGCCCUUCGGCCCACCGCGCGGGCUUCCUUUUUUAGGCUCGCUUAUGAACGGGCUCAGCGGCGCUAGGCCAGGAGGAGGUUUCGAUCUGCUCGCCCGGCCGCCGCUCAGUGCGUUCCCCGGUGUGAAGCCGUUCCAGGAAGCCGUCUUGCCACCCCACCAUCACCACCACCAUCAUCAUCAUCAUCAUGUUCACGGCAAAAUGAAGGACCGAUACUCCUGUAAGUUCUGCGGCAAAGUGUUCCCGCGCUCGGCCAAUCUGACGAGGCACCUGAGGACGCACACCGGCGAGCAGCCGUACAAGUGCAAGUACUGCGAGCGGUCCUUCAGCAUCUCGAGUAAUCUGCAGAGACACGUGAGAAACAUCCACGACAAACAGCGGCCGUUCAAGUGUCCGCUUUGCGAAAGGUGCUUCGGCCAGCAGACCAAUCUGGAUCGACACCUGAAGAAGCACGAGGCCGAUGACGGCAGCGGAGUGGUCUCAGUCGCCGAUUCGCCCGGAAGUAGCAACGAGAACGAGCGGGAGGACACGUACUUCGACGAAAUCAGGUCCUUCAUGGGCAAGGUCACUUACAGCGGCGAGAGCGGCUACGGAAUACCACAUCACCCCGCAUACAUCCCGGCUCGAUUGCACGAGAUAAACGAGUCGAAGAUGGAAGUCGAGUACGACGAGGACGAAGACAGCGAGGAAGGCGCGUCCCCUUUGGAGGAAACGGACGGACUGUCGCCGAUCGAGGCGAAGGAGUCGCCGUCGCCCUCGCAGUACGAUUUAAAGCUGCGGGAGAAGCAGGAGCUGCUCAAUAAUAACACCGCGGAGCCGGUGAUCGAGAUCUCGACAUAGCCCAGAGGUCAGUCUGGGUGAUUUGCGCGAGCGCUUCGUAAGACGAGGAA